UUAAUAUCUAACGCUUCCUGCCUCACCUCAGAUCCGGCUUUUCAGUCUUGUCUAUCACAACCACCACACUCGUUCAGUCUCUAUCGUGACUUUCCAUUCAUUUCCGGCUUCUGCCAUUACGAUCCUUCCAGCAUUACAGCAACCAGCGUUUCUCACGUUCCAACUCUAUCCUUUCUUUUAGUGAAGCAAAACUGUGUCUUGCUCGCUGCCCGACUGUGGAAUUGACUUCUACGGCCAUUUGAAUCGCAUCGCAAACCGUUGUCAUAGACAAAUCUGAAGCUACCGCAAAAACAAACCACUUAACCAAAUCACAUCCAAACCGCCUCAAUCUUCAAAAUGAAGUCCGUCGUCGCUUCCAUCGGCAUGCUUGCCGCCGUGGCCAACGCCUACAACUUCCCCCACCACGCCCACUACCGCCGCGACAAUGGUACCGACACCCAGACCACUCUGACCGUCAAGACCACUGUCGUCGAGACCAUCACCAGCUGCGCUCCUACCGUCACCAACUGCCCCGCUCGUGACCACACUGCCAUUGCUCAGCUCCCCGAGUCCGACAAGGUCACCUACGUUGAGACCAACACCGUCAUCCUCACUGAGGUUGUCUGCCCUGUCGCUGACGCCAGCUCUAUCUACACCUCCGUCCUCCACGACGCUGAGACUGGUGGUGUUACUGGCAAGACCCUCACUGCCCCUUAUACCGCUUCCGUCCCCAUGACCACUGGCGGUGCUUACCCCCCUCCUAAGGAGGGCGACAAGACCGUCGUUUCCGACUACACCACUGAGCAGGUUGUCACUCUUACCCAGGGUGACGAGACCAUCACCACCACCAUCCACAAGACUCUCCAGACCACCAUCACCGUCCCUGCUGGCCCUGAGGUCACCGACGACGGCUCCAAGGGUAACGGCACCCCCGAGGAUGAUACCACCACCACCACCACUAAGACCAAGACUGGCACUGUCACCAAGACCAUUGAGCGCGUUGGUGAGACCAACCCCGCUUCCGGCGGUGACAACGGCUACAGCACCGGCAAGAGUGAGGAGGAGGGCUCCAAGGGUACUGGCAACGGUUCCGGCAACGGAUCCAACAACGGUGGCUCCGGCUCCGGCAACGGUGAGUGUGUCCCUGAGACCGUCACUGUCACCGCCCCUGCCUCCACUGUCUACGUCACUGUUGUCCCUGAGGCCAGCAAGACCGGCAGCUCUGAUGAUGCCACCAUCACUGACAAGGCUGUUGGUGGUGAUGACUCCGAGGAUGAUGACUCUGAGGACGACGAUGACGAGGAGUUCUGCGACACCACCACCACCCUCGAGGCUACCGUCACCGUUGUCCCUUACCCCGUCAACAACACUGCCACCGGUGGCUACGCUAAGCCCACUGGCUUCUCUCGCCGUCUCCGAUAAAUGUCUUGAGACAACUCAUAUAUGAAGUCUCUGUACAUUACUCACCAUUUGGUCACUUCUUGGUUAGGCAUCUAGUGGAAGGG